AUGAGCAACCAAUUCGAUAAGCUCCCUUUAGAACUCAUUUUCGUGAUUCUUUCGUACGUUCCAAUUCCUUCACUUCUUUCAUUUGGCGCAACUUCCAAAUCAAAUCACCUAUACCACGCUCUCUGUAUGAGGAGACUCCAUCUCGCCAUCUUCCCCAAACAACUUCACGCUAUAGCCGCAUUCCUGGAUGCUAGUUUAGAGCGCAGCGCGAAAGAGCCAACGCCUUUUAAACAAGAUAUGAUGUUAGAAAGUCACAAAGUACGAAUUGCUUUGCCACAAGGCAUGACCACUUCCAGGUCAUCACAAACGAUCGCCAACUAUUCACCAUUCCCAACAAGAUACAGAAAGAAAAAACUAUACCAAGAGGCUGCUCCAACAGAGGAAAGAUUGCCUUAUUCGGUGUCCUCUGACAAUACUAUUCGAGCGCAGAAUAAAACAUUUGCUCAGAUACUAAGUCGGUAUGGCCAAUCUCUUGAGGAUUUGGAGUUCCUGGCAUACAACCUCAAUGAUGAGGGAGCCAUGGCACUAGGCACGCACUGCGGGGGGAAGCUGCGACAUCUAGGUCUUCGGUUCGAACAUCCCUAUAUACGAGACAUAUCGCUUAGUCAAAAGUAUUGGAAUCUGCCGGCACCUGGUAGUCCUGUCUGGAAUGAUCUCAUUGGGAUAGGGCCCUUGCAAAGGGGGCAAAGGAUAACAAACCUCGAAAGUCUCGUUCUCGAAAGGGCUGGUAUCACACCCUGGCAGCUAUGCAUGUUAGUCAAGCGAAACAAACGGUUAAGCGUGUUGAAGCUCAGAACUUGUGCUGCAAUCCAGCCUGCAUUUGUCAACUGGUUAGGGGGCAUUCCGACCCCAGGUGACGAGGACGAAGAGCUACGCGAACACGACGAUGAGCCGGUCCCUGGAGCAUCUCUUGUCGUGCUUUGGAUAGAAAAUUGCGUCGGCAUUCGUACAACAGCAAAGUCAACGAACGACCAGGGGGUUGCAAACAUCGAUGCUGGUCUGGGAUGGCUUCAAAACUUAAAAGCACUUCAGUCCCUUUCUCUCCGUGAGUGCCAAAAUAUCGAUGCCACAGUCGUACAAGAGGCAAACAGGCUGCUCUGGCACAUACCAGAGGUGUACUUGCCUCGACCAAUCCGUCCGCAGUCUGAAGUAGACCCUGUUAUUGAAGUUGAUACGAUUGAUGAUUAA